UGUGUCUUCUUUCUUCUUCUGCUUCCCCUUUACUUUUUCUUGUUUCAAUUUUGUUUAUUCCUUCCCUCCCUUCUUUUAGGGUUUAAAAGUUUUACUCCUCCCCAUCACUUUUUUAUUGCUCGAGUUUCAGAUAUAUUAUGGCAAUGGAGGUUACCCAGGUUCUUUUAAAUGCGCAAUCAAUAGAUGGUAAUGUUCGGAAGCAUGCAGAGGAAAGCUUGAAACAAUUUCAGGCCCAAAAUUUACCCGCUUUUCUGCUGUCACUCUCCGUCGAGCUAGCUAAUGAUGAUAAGCCUGUUGACAGUCGUAAACUAGCAGGUCUCGUUCUCAAGAAUGCACUGGACGCCAAGGAACAGCAUACCAAAUACGAGCUUGUUCAGAGAUGGUUGUCGUUGGAUGUUUCUGCAAAGAGCCAGAUGAAGACGUGCUUGCUCAACACCCUCUCGUCUCUCGUGUUAGAUGCCCGAUCAACUGCUUCGCAAGUCAUUGCCAAAAUUGCUGGCAUCGAGUUGCCUCAGAAACAAUGGCCUGAGUUGAUAGGAUCACUUUUAUCUAAUAUUGACCAGCUGCCUCUUCAUGUUAAGCAGUCCACGUUAGAAACUCUGGGGUAUUUGUGUGAAGAAGUUUCUCCUGAUGUUGUGGAUCAAGAUCAAGUAAAUAAAAUUCUGACUGCAGUUGUUCAAGGUAUAAAUGCAUCUGAAGCUAGCAAUGAUGUUAGGCUUGCUGCUACCCGAGCACUGUAUAAUGCUCUAGGCUUUGCUCAAGCAAAUUUUAGCAAUGAUAUGGAGCGCGACUACAUCAUGAGAGUUGUUUGCGAGGCGACUUUGUCUCCAGAAGUGAAGAUCAGACAAGCAGCUUUUGAAUGUUUGGUCUCCAUUUCCUCGAUGUACUAUGAGAAAUUAGCUCCUUAUAUGCAAGACAUCUUUAACAUCACAGCCAAGGCCGUGAGGGAAGAAGAGGAACCUGUUGCUCUUCAAGCAAUUGAGUUUUGGAGUUCAAUUUGCGAUGAGGAAAUCGAUAUCUUGGAAGAUUAUGGGGGUGAUUUCACAGGGGAUUCUGAUAUCCCAUGCUUUUACUUUAUCAAGCAGGCGCUCCCUGCUCUUGUUCCAUUGUUGUUGGAGACCCUUCUUAAGCAAGAGGAAGACCAGGAUCAGGACGAAGGUGCUUGGAAUAUUGCAAUGGCCGGUGGAACAUGUCUAGGUCUGGUUGCACGAACUGUGGGUGAUGAUAUUGUGCCCCUUGUUAUGCCAUUCAUUGAAGAAAAUAUUACAAAACCAGAUUGGAGGCAAAGGGAGGCGGCAACAUAUGCUUUUGGCUCAAUCUUGGAAGGUCCUUCCCCUGAUAAGUUGACACCUCUUGUUAAUGUUGCUUUAAAUUUUAUGCUCACAGCUUUGACAAAUGAUCCUAAUAACCAUGUGAAGGAUACUACUGCUUGGACCUUGGGGCGAAUCUUUGAAUUCCUUCAUGGUUCAACUGUGGAUACACCCAUAAUUACUCAAGCAAAUUGUCAACAGAUCAUCACUGUAUUGCUCCAGAGCAUGAGAGAUGCUCCAAAUGUGGCUGAAAAGGCAUGUGGUGCCCUCUAUUUUCUUGCCCAAGGUUAUGAAGAGGCAGGCCCAUCAUCUCCUUUAACACCUUAUUUUCAAGAAAUUGUGCAUGCUCUUAUGACUGUUACUCACAGAGAAGAUGCUGGGGAGUCCCGAUUGAGAACUGCUGCUUAUGAAACAUUGAAUGAAGUUGUAAGGUCAACUGAUGAAACAGCACCCAUGGUAUUACAGCUGGUACCUGUCAUUAUGACCGAGCUUCACAAUACUCUUGAAGGGCAGAAGCCAGGAUCUGAUGAGAGAGAAAAGCAGAGUGAGUUGCAAGGCCUCCUUUGUGGGUGUUUACAAGUUAUCAUUCAGAAAUUAGGUUCAUCAGAGUCUACCAAGUCCGUUUUCAUGCAAUAUGCUGAUCAGAUUAUGGGGCUUUUCUUGAGGGUUUUUGCUUGUAGAAGCGCAACUGUCCAUGAGGAGGCAAUGCUUGCGAUUGGAGCCCUUGCCUAUGUAACUGGUCCGGAUUUUGCUAAAUACAUGUCAGAGUUCUACAAAUAUUUGGAAAUGGGUCUUCAAAAUUUUGAGGAAUACCAAGUUUGUGCUGUUACUGUUGGUGUUGUAGGGGAUAUCUGCAGGGCAUUGGAGGAUAAAAUUUUGCUAUAUUGUGAUGGGAUCAUGACACAACUUCUUAAGGAUUUAUCUAGCAAUCAGCUGCAUCGGUCUGUGAAGCCCCCAAUAUUCUCAUGCUUUGGCGACAUUGCCUUGGCAAUAGAUGAAAAUUUUGAGAAGUACUUGAUGUAUGCCAUGCCCAUGCUCCAAAGUGCUGCAGAGCUCUCUGCCCAUACAGCUGGGGCUGAUGAUGAAAUGAUUGAAUAUACGAACUCACUUAGAAAUGGAAUUUUGGAGGCAUAUUCUGGAAUUCUGCAAGGAUUUAAAAACUCUCCUAAAACCCAACUCUUGAUUCCUUAUUCUCCCCAUAUCCUCCAGUUCCUGGACAGCAUAUAUAUGGAGAAAGACAUGGAUGAUUUGGUUAUGAAAACUGCCAUUGGAGUUCUUGGAGAUUUAGCAGAUACAUUGGGAAGUAAUGCUGGUUCUUUGAUACAGCAAUCUCUUUCUGUUAAAGACUUUUUAGAUGAAUGUUUGUCUUCUGAAGAUCAAAUGAUUAAGGAAUCUGCUGAAUGGGCCAAGUUGGCCAUAAGUCGUGCUAUUUCUAUUUGAGGUUGAUGGUAUCAGCAAUUUUUCCUUUUAUUACAAGUUCAUGCAUGCAUUUGGGUCCAUUGAGUCGAGGUCCGGUUGCAUUCGUGUCAGGUCAUCUGCCAUUUUCAGAUAACUGAAGUUAUCGAUCUUCAGGUUGCCAUUAACUCUUGCAUCAGCAUCAUGUUACUGUUGGAGGGAUUUGGGGGGGUCACACAUGUGCGUGAAAGAUUCAACAAAGGAUUGUUGACUGUUGAGUAGUAUAUUGUUGCAAAGUGAGGGAGAGAUUACACUGAUAUGCUGAAAAGAUGUGAGGCAACAUCUUGUUGUUGCUUCUUGGUUGAUGUAACGGUUGAGACUCGCUCUUAUCCAGAUUACCCAUGCUGUCUUAGUGGUUGUCUCAGAAGUACCUCCAGGUUGUGCGAGUGGAGGACUACAGUGAGUCGGUUAGAAGUAUUGCGACAUGUGAGCACUCUCCAGGUAACACAGUUUAGAAGACCGCCCUCCCUCUUAAGUCACUACUGAUAUCAUUUCAUUUCAUGUUUAUUUAUUAAUGUCUGUGUUAGUUGGUAAUUAUGUCAAUGAGUCAUGGUCAAGUUGUAUUUUAGUUAUUAAACUCUCUUGGUUGGGGGUCUUAACAUAUUACUGAGGGUGUCAUCCUGCAUUUUAUCAUUCAUUUUUCCUUUAUAUAUCUCAUGUCAGUUACUUUGCAUUCUUUAGAUCACAUAUUGCAUUUUUCAUUUUUAAAGUGUAAAUUUUGUUAGUUCAAUUUGGGUUGUAGAGAUUGGUUAUCUUAAUAUGUGAUGGGGACAUUACUAUUACCAGUGAUUCAAUGAAGAAUUGAGUCUCAUUUUGAGCAAA